GGCCACCCUGGGCUUCGCCGUGUUAAGGUACGCGUUGUAGAGAGUGGAGUAAAACUGAAAAGCACGUUCUUACAGACGGCGGUUGUGAAUCACUUGGAGCGCUCUAAUUUGCCUCCACUUCAUCUGACCUUCAACAUAAUGGCCUUAAUAGCUCAUGUCCGAAAUGUGGAGCGAACGCCAGUCCCAAGGCCCACAGGGAGUGUGUUCCCACAGGGAAAGAAUCAUAAAGACCCGUCCUUCACAUCCGCAUAUUCAUCCUGGCCUUCAUCGCCAUUCCGGACACAAAACGGCUCGACGAGCGCGAUCUACGAGGGAGGGUUGUCCUUAAAUGAGACCGAGGUGGAAGGCAGCUUUCAAUUGGGUGUGGAAAUCCUCUCAAAGCUAAUAAAUAACGGACUUCAAGGUUCCAGCCAGAUCUACCAUAUGGAGAACGCCUACUUUGGCGCCAUUGUGCUUUUUGCAACCUUGUUCUUCUCCCCGUGGACCUUCAUUGACAUGAUUCUAGGCGGGGUCUUGGUUCAAGAAUUUGCUUUGGCUAUGGACGUGGCCAUCACUCCAAACCUGGUGAGCAACGGGAUUUUGUCAUUUGUGGCCAUCAACUUCUUCCUGUUGCUCAGUAUUUGGACCAAAUUGGCCGGAUUACUGGCCACAGCCUUUGUGGUUGUCUUGUGUCAAGGCUGGAAUGGAAUUGAGGCUCACGCUCGGGGCCAUUGCAAUAGCAUCCUUGAACCUGGAACGCAAGACUCAGCCUUGAUUUCCCAGGAACUGGUGUGGCCCGCACUUUCGCCAUCGGGCCCCCAGCCACCCUUCUCCACGUGGCCGUUCACAUUGGUAACAUUCGUGUUCUUGCUGUGUGCUUCGACCCGCUCUCCGCUUCGGAAGAUCGACAUUGCCCUGCUCAGCUACCCGGAAAUGCACCGACGGCUUUUCCGUGGAGGCACCUCCGUUGAUGAUGAGGGAAACAUGUUUGCCACUUGAGCCAUAUCAACCAGUGUCUACAAUGCCAAUGAAGUCCAACUCCACUGGGCACCCAUCCAUCAUCAGACUAGUAACCGUCAAAGAAGACAAGCUUGUCCUCAGAAAGUCAAGGUCAUUGAAGGCCUUCCAGAGGUCGAGUUGCUUUUGGUUUUGCAAGUGGCAAUUAUAUCAGUCCAUUGAG